AUGAACACGUACCCUGCAGGGACUAAGCAGAAGGGCUUGCAGAAUCUCACCAAAGGUAUCCGUGAGCAGCCUUUCUCUGGCUGGGCCCCAACAACUGGCAAUCUGCAGGAGGUAACCAAGAGGGGUGAAUACGUUGGCAUCCACGACCACCCCAAUCUAAUCACCAUGGGUGUUUUAGCCAGCAGCCCAUCUCUACUACUUCCUGACCUGAUGAUCAUGGCCCAAGUAAAGAAAGGUGUCAAAACCACAAAGGCAAAGGUGAAAGACCUGGAGAUCACUCGGUUGAUCCCUCUACACCUGGUGGAGAUUUUUGUGUAUAACGUGAAUGAGCGACAGCUGAAAGUAAAGUUGGCAACAGGGCGAAAAUAUUAUCUGCAACUCUGUGCCCCCAAAGGGGAUGAGAACUUCCUCUUUGAUUGCUGGAUGCGCCUUGCUUACCUGUUGCACGUGGCCAGCGGCAGGAUCAGUGAUCCAGUCAGCUUCACCUCUAAGGAAUCGGGGCUUCACACGAUAUGGAAGAGUGCUAGCUUGCGUGCUACAUCUGAGAAGCAGCCUUGGCUCCCAGGCACCAUGGGUGCACAGUCCGCGGAAAAGCUGAAGGAGCAGCUACGUCAGGCCAGCUUGGCCAGGAGCAUGUCAAGAACCACGGAAAGUGACCUUGCUUCACAACACAGCAUCCUCAAAUCAGGUUUUGCUUCUCAAGGAUCAGUUGGAAUCUCACCCAAAAAGCAGGUGGCUGUCAAGCCUUCCAAACGUGUAACAAUCUCAGGCGUGAUUGGCCCAUCAGGGAAAAGUGUCCCGGAGGAGAAGAAGGAGGAAGAAGAGGCAGGGAAUCCUGAGCUCCACACAGUUGACAAUCUGAGGAUGGAUGCAGGCUCCAGUGCAGCAGCUAUGAUGGGGACAGAUAAAGACCGCCCACCCCCACAGUCCCACGCUUCAAUGGGAGAAGGAGCCCCUGAGGCAAAGAGUCCUGCAGUUGGGGGUGGCAACUCAGAAGCAGCUGAAUUCUCAAGGCCAGGCAGCCAGAUCAUUGCCAGGGAACCUGGUGUGGCAAACGUGACUUCCCAGAAGUCUGACCAGAUCAAGGAUGUGGGACAGCCCAGCACUCCCCACCUGGAGGAUCAGGGUUGCCAGGUCUCCGGUUUCCUGCCGGAGUCUCAGGGGAAAAGGGGCCGUCUCUGGCCUCCGGCUAUACUCAGCCGGGAACUGCAGACACAGGAGGACGAAGCAGCUGCCAGCAGGUGCCUCAAGAAGACUCGAGCUGCCGCCGUCAUUGCAUGGAAGCUGCCUUGCACUGGGUCGACAAGCCGAAGAGUUCAACGAGGCUAA